UCUUUCCAAAAAGUGGACAGGGCUUUUCUAUAAUUACUUGUAUUCAAGUCUCUUCCAUACUGUAUGCAUUGAGUACCAUUCUCAUAUGCAUAAGCUACAAUUCUUCAACCACUCGCGUUUGCAAUCAGCUUUAGAAGCAGAAGCAUUGGACCACUCUGCAUAAGAUGGCACCUUAACCAUUUCCAACUGCAAAAGUCCAUCUUCCUCAACAGUACUUAGUGUCAAUGCUGGAUUUCUUACACACUUCAAUGGCAUAUUUCUCAUACACCCACCGUUCCGAUUUCCUCGAUUCCAUUCCUCUUCUUGUUUUGGCAGUGGGCUUGACUUGAGCAGCUACAAACGAUAUCAUAGUCAGACACCGAGCGGUAUGACAGCAAAGACGCUGACCCCAAAAAAGUGGAGUGUGAGAUUACAAUAUUACUUAUAAGCAUGUGGAAACCUCUAUACCUAAUACGCGUUUUAUAAAACCCAAAGCAACAUCUUCCAAAACCAGGUUACCAGAAUCUAAAAGCCGGGCGCUGGUGUUGGUUGCAGACCCAUUAGAAUCCUUGAGAGGGUUGCCACCCAUACAACCAGUUGUACAGAAAUUUGUUUCUUGAACCAAAUUCCGACGUAUCGCUUGGUGGAGUUGAGAGGUGCAAAGAAGCCCAACUCGAAGCAAGUGGCAUUGGAAAUUAUGGUUGCAGGAUCUUUGAUGGAACAUAGAUUUAGGCUGAAUGGACUCAAUUUCUUCAGCAAUGGCGUCUGCGUUUACCGGCAUGACAAAGAAAAUUGGAGCCAAUAAUAUAAUAUUGUAUUGAGAGGAACUGAAUCCCACUUUGAAAUUUGAUCCAUAAAACACUUUAAAAAUCAUUACUUCUCUCUGUUCUGUCCACUGAAACCAAUUGAAUAAUAAAAUCGCCUUUGAAAUUUCGACGUGAUGAACACCAUAGGCCUGGAUCUUCCCACCUUGUUUUCAUUACAAUCAAAAGCUCCAUCCUCACCGGCAACGAUAAACUCCACCACUCAUGAAACCCAUCACCAACUCCACGCCAUUAACCCUUCUUCUCCUUUGCUCUGUUUUCAAAUUUUCCUGCUGCAUAGAUACGAUCACAUCCACACAAUUCCUCAAAGACCCAGAAACUAUACAGUCCAAUCGUGGUUUCUUCGAAUUGGGUUUCUUCAGCCCUCUCAAUUCCACCAAUCGCUACGUCGGAAUUUGGGAUAAACGUGUGCCUGUACGAACCAUCUUCUGGGUAGCUAACAGAGACAACCCUCUCAACAACAAAUCUGGGGUUUUUGCCGUAUCCAAUGAUGGAAAUCUCGUCGUUUUAGAUGCGCAUAACAAAACUCUUUGGAAUUCUAAUGUUUCUAACGCUGUAGUGAAAUCAACCGCUCGGCUUCUUGAUUCUGGGAACCUUAUUCUACAAGACUCUGCUUCAGGGACCAUCAUAUGGGAGAGUUUCAAAGACCCAUCAGACAAAUUCUUGCCAAUGAUGAAAUUCAUGACCAAUUCAAUCACAAACGAGAAAGUAGAAAUCGUUUCGUGGAAAACCCCUUCUGAUCCAUCUUCAGGAGAUUUCUCCUUUGGAAUCGACCCUCUGACGAUCCCUGAAGUUAUAAUUUGGAAGAACAACCGCACGUAUUGGAGGUCCGGUCCAUGGGACGGCCAAGUUUUCAUUGGAAUACCCGGCAUGAACACAGACUAUCUCUAUGGAGGUAAUCUGAUAAUCGAAAACAAAACAUACUCUCUCUCCAUUGCCAAUGCAAACGAAGCUCAGUUAUACUUCUACUACUUGAACCCGAGUGGGGCUUUGGAAGAGAAGCAUUGGGAUAUCGAGGACCAGAAAUGGGAGAUCGCUUGGUUAGCUCCAGAAACAGAGUGUGAUAUCUAUGGCGCCUGUGGGGCAUUUGGAGUCUGUAAUUCACAAAAAUCCCCAAUUUGCAGUUGUUUGAGGGGUUUUAAGCCAGAGAACGAAGAGGAAUGGAACAGAGGAAAUUGGAGAAGUGGGUGUGUGAGGAAUUCGCCAUUGGAGUGUGGGAAGAAGAACAUCAGUGUUGAAAUGGGAACAGAUCAAGAUGGGUUUUUGAAGGUGGGAAUGGUUAAAGUUCCAGACUUUGCAGCUUGGGUUGUUGCUUCGGAAGAUGAUUGCAGAGUCCAGUGCUUGGCGAACUGUUCUUGUUCUGCUUAUGCUUAUAGAACAGGGAUUGGGUGUAUGAUAUGGAGAGGCGAUUUGAUUGACAUUCAAGAGUUCAAGAAUGGUGGAGCCGACAUUUAUGUUCGUGUGGCGUAUCCAGACAUAGCUAAUGAAAGUGGAACCACCAAAGACAUGAAAGCAGUCAUCGUAGCUUCCGUGGUAGCAGGAACCAUCAUACUUAUCUGCUCCAUAUAUUGCUUAUGGAAAGUGCAAAUGCAAAGGCAGAAAAGGAAAGGGCAGAGGAAGUUCUUGAUGAACAGUGGUGAGAUGAAGCAUGACAAAGUGAACCAAGUGAAGCUCCAGGAGCUGCCUCUAUUUGAUUUUGAGAAGCUAGCCACUGCAACAAACCACUUCCAUUCCAACAACAAGCUUGGUCAGGGUGGGUUUGGGCCAGUUUACAAGGGGAAGCUGGUAGACGGACAAGAAAUAGCAGUAAAGAGGCUUUCCAGGACCUCAGGACAAGGGCUUGAAGAGUUUACAAAUGAAGUAAUGGUGAUCUCGAAACUACAACAUAGAAAUCUUGUGCAGCUCUUUGGGUGUUGCGUGGAGGGAGAAGAAAGGAUGCUUGUUUAUGAGUAUAUGCCAAAUGGAAGCUUAGAUUCAAUCAUUUUUGAUCCAACUAAAGGAAGAGUUUUAGAUUGGCCAAAAAGAUUCAACGUUAUCGAAGGAAUAGUUCGAGGGCUCUUGUAUCUUCAUAGGGAUUCACGACUAAAAAUCAUACAUAGAGAUCUCAAACCCAGUAAUAUUUUACUGGAUAGAGAUUUAAAUCCCAAAAUUUCGGAUUUUGGUACUGCUAGAAUUUUUUACGGCAAUGAAGCUCAAGCUAACACUACAAGAGUUGUGGGUACCUAUGGCUACAUGUCUCCCGAAUAUGUGAUAAAUGGGCAAUUCUCAGAAAAAUCAGAUGUAUUUAGCUUUGGAGUUUUGUUGCUUGAAAUUAUCAGUGGAAGAAAGAAUACAAGUUUUUAUGAGAACGAACAUGCCUUGAGCCUCCUAAAAUUUGCAUGGAAGUUAUGGACGGAGAGCAAUUUACUUGCUUUGAUUGAUCAAACAAUGUCUAAACUCCAUUAUGAAGCAGAGAUUUUGAGGUGUAUUCAUGUGGGGCUCUUAUGUGUUCAAGAAUUUGCAAAAGACCGACCAAAUAUAACGACAAUUCUUUCAAUGCUUCACAAUGAGAUCACUGGUCUUCCGAUGCCAAAACAACCUGGAUUUAGUAGCAGCAACCAAAUUGAGAUUCGUACCGAGAGAUUUGAACAACAUCAUCUUGAAACUUGCUCGAAAAACAUGAUCACAAUUACCUCAUUUGAUGGUCGAUAGUUUUCAAGGAUGUAA